CCAAUGGCGAACCAGUUGACGAGUCUGUAGACGAAGGAACAUGGUACAGUUGGUAUGAACCGAGUAUGCGACGUUACACGUACGAUUACCGCCCGUCUGGUAAGAGGAACGAUUCAAGCGGUAUAUAAAGCAUACCUCUCGCUCGUCCAAAAGGCAUCAAUCACCUUUGACCCCCUCGACAGAGCAACUCCCAAGAUCUUAUCAUGAACUCAUCCCGCACUACCCAAGUACUCAUUGUUGGCGCUGGCCCUUCCGGUCUCACUCUGGCAUUGGCCUUGCUCAAGAAUGGCAUCUCGGUCCGAAUCAUCGAAAAGGAGUCCAGUGUACAGGUCGCAAGUCGACCCUUGGGAAUACAGCCUCGUUCUCUGGAGAACUUCCUUGACUUAGGCGUUCUCUCAAAGAUGGAGAUUGAGCACAAGUAUCUAGCAGAUUUUACUAUGCACUUAUACGAUGAUGACAAAGGAGUGAAGCCGGUCAAGUCGUGGAAGUUUUACGAGCACGAGGAUCCUACCCCGGAUACUCCUCUGGCCAACUCGGUGCUUAUGCCUAAGAACCGGAUUGAGGCUGUGCUUCGCGCGCCUAUCGAGGAAUAUUCAUGCCAUGUCGAAUUUGGUACUACGUUGGCCUCUUUUGAGCAGCAUCCUGAUCAUGUCGUCGCAAGUCUAAUCAAGACGAUCGAUGGGAAAGAGAUGAAAGAAAAGGCCGAGUUUGCGUGGCUUGUGGGCGCUGAUGGCGGAAAGGGAAUGGUGCGGAAGCAAUUGGGAUUGCCGUUCGCAGGUGUCACCCGGAAUGAGGGUCGCUUCUUGCUCGGAGAGAUCCACCUCAAGGGUCUGGACGUUGAUGGCAUGCACUGUUGGGGCAAUUCUACUUCGAGAAGCUUGAUGAUUUUACCCUCCACGGCCGACAUAUUCCAGUAUAUCGGCAAUGGACCAGAUAUAGACUUCGACAAAGUCCUCUCGAGUCACGACACAGUGAGACAAUUUAUACGCGAAGCCACUGGAGAGAAGGAACUAGAGCUGGGCAAGGUUGAGUGGGCAACCGCGUACACUGUUAAUGUUAGGAUGACGACCACGUUUGGGUCUGGCAGAGCGUUCUUGGUUGGAGACAGUGCACACGUCCACAGUUUCACGGGCGGCCAGGGACUCAAUUCUGGUGUACAAGAUGCAAUCAAUCUCGCUUGGAAGAUCGCUCUCGUCUCAAAGGGACACGCCUCCCCGUCCCUUUUGUCGACCUACAGUGAAGAGCGAGUACCCGUCAUCUCUGAGAUGCUCAAACGCACGAGCCAUAUGUUGGACAAUACGUUGACCAAGCCCACCGAUGUCGCAUGGCGCCGCCCGAAGAUGCUGCACUUACUGGGCAUGCACUAUCGCUGGAGUUCCAUCGUCUUGGAUGAGCAGAAGACGGUCCUGACGGAUGAGCAGAAGCGCGACGAUGUAUAUGGCGUGGACGGAGACGGCCACCUGCGCGCGGGUGACAGAGCGCUGGAUUCCAUUGGGCUCAUAGACAUCGCGUCGGGAACGACGCGUAAGCUCUUCGAGCUCUUCGGAGCGUCGCACCACACCGUGCUCGUCUUCGCCUCCUCGAUGGACGCC